AUGGCGGCUUCUAUUGCCCCCGAAUGUAACGAUAUCAAAGAGAAAUAUGACACUUGCUUCCUCAAGUGGUAUAGCGAGAAAUAUCUGCGUGGCAACACUUCAUCCAAUGACUGCGAAGCAUUAUUUAAGAACUACAAGGGGUGCUUGAAUAAAGUUCUCAAGGAACGGGGCAUUGACGCCAUGGUGGAUGAUGCCCGAAAGAGCGGCAGCAGUGAAACGGAUGCAGAGUUCCUCAAGAAAUCUUGAAGAGGAACACC